GUGCCAUAAACCUUAUCAAACCCAUUCAGUGAUAAAAAUGAUAAAAUCGUAUACAACCAACUUGACGUAAAACCGCCACGCGAUCAGUUCCAUACCACCGACUCCAAGACAUUUCCUAAUGGUUUAUUACGCUACAAAAGUGGGGGCAAUACUCCCAGAACGUUCCGUAAUACUCUGUUGAAAUAAUAAUUAACUUUCGACGUUCUAAAUCCAACCACAACAAUAUGUUCCCGAGCAAACGCAAGUGAUCAAAUGGUGCUACCGCAACAAUCAGAAUUCGCACCAUGAGCGCAAACAUUUUCCCGAUGAUGUCGUCCAAGCCGAAGGAGUCCCGGAUUCCCAUCCCGUCCCCCGUCCCGCUGCGCCGCUCCGGAAGCGUCCGACUCCGGGCGAAAAGCCCGGACUCGAACCGCACUGCAGACGGCCUACAACGUGGGUUGUCCUUUAUGGAGAGGGGUGAGCGGUAUGCCAAACAUGGCGCUCCCGGAAUCAUCCGGCCCAAAGCGAGCCCGGAGUCGCCGUCCCGCAUCCGGAGUCUGAGUUUGUCGCUGUCGACGAACCGUCUGGUGCCCAGCACGCCGCCCACGACCCCCGAUGGGCCCCUUUGCGAGUGGGACAGCGAGAGCCUCACCAGUGUGACCAGCGUGGGGUCAUGCGACCACGCGAGUGUGGCUCGGAAUGGCACCACGUUCUCCGGGAGGAGCAUGAAGUACGUGUUUCACUGUAGUCAACAUUCGGGGGCCACUGGCGAGGACUAUCUGACUCCGACGCAGAGGCUGCACCGGCAGGUGAAGAAGUUGAAGAAUUUGCUGCAUCAGGCCAGGAAGGAGCUUGAGGAUAAAGAUAGUGAUAUUUUGAAAUUGACCAAAGAGGUGGUCGAGUUGAGGCUGUACAAAGCUGCGCUCAAUUCACCGGAAGAUAGGUCCAAUUCGAGUGAUGCGGUCACUGUUAGGGAAAAUACCGACGAACAGAUUACGCCCGAUGUUGAUACGACUGAUAGGAGUGUUGUGCAGAAUGAAAUGACCAAUUCCUAUACGGAUUCGGGGCAUUUUGAGGAUUAUGCCAAUUCACCGGUUGCCACAAGGAGUCCGAUGAAGCGCAAAAUGGACUUGGCCGACAAGGCCAUAACAGCGGCCCUCGGCGACAACAACGAACACACCAACCUAAUCCUCGAAUACGAGCGCCGACUGCAAGAACUGGUCAAGACACACGAGGAAGAAACCUACCAACUCAAACAAAAACACAACGACAAAAUCGAAGAACUCUUACAAAGAAUCACCGAAAUCAACAAACGCUACUGGGAAUUAGUCCCCGAAUUAGACUUAGCCAAAUCAAAAAUAAAAGAAUUAGAAUCACAACUGGAGGAAGCCUGCCAAAAGCUGGCCCAACAGGAGGAGAAACAGAAGAAGACUUACCUCGAAAUGUACCGGCAAGGGCACGAGGCCGCGAAUCUAGAACGCGAAAAUAGGGUGAUGGAAAUCGCCAAACAAGGGCCAAGCCGCAUUUCGGUGCCCGAGCUUUUAGAAGAGUUACAAGUGACGAAGAACGAGCUUGAAAACAUCAAGGACUUAGAGUACGCCUCAACUUCUAACAACUUACAGCCUUUGCUUAGCGCUAAAGAGGCUCUCUCGUUGUGGGUACUUGGUGCCAGAAAGGCAAUGUACCGCCAGUUGAUCGAAGCCAAAAACAAGAGCAAAAUCGAUCCGGAAAUCACCCUCCAAUUCCUCAAAUCCGCCGUUUAUUACUUUCUCACAGACAAGGAGAACAGUCAGGGUCACUUGAAAGCCAUUCAGAGCAUCCUAGGCUUCACACCUAACGAAAUUACUAGUAUAGAUAAGGCUAGGCUGUCCUAAGUUCAGACUGUGCCUAAUUAUUACGCACGUUUUCUCUAUGUUACGCACUCUAGUGGUAAAAACGGUCCGACGGAAAGUGAUAAAGCUAUUUUUUCAAGGUUGCCUUUGAGAGAGAUUAGUUGAGUAUUGAUAUUUAAUUAGCAAAAGUUUAUUGUUACCGAGCAUAUUCUAAAGAGGGACUGGUGCAAUCUGACGUAAUACGCAUUUUACGCGCUUUCUUUUGUUAGAAAAUGACUGUUAUAUUUGUAAGUUUAUUUAUUGGUGUUCAAUCGUUACGAAUAAAGUAUAUCUAAACGCA